AUGGCGAUACUGUACGCGCUGGUGUCACGGGGAUCGGUGGUGCUGGCGGAGUUCAGCGCCACGUCGACGAACGCGAGCACAAUCUCCAGACAAAUCCUCGAGAAAAUUCCCGGCAACAGCGACACCCACGUCUCCUACUCUCAGGAUCGCUACAUCUUCCACGUCAAACGCACCGAUGGCCUCACCGUCCUCUGUAUGGCCGACGAGACUGCCGCCCGGAGAAUACCUUUCGCUUUCCUCGAAGACAUUCAUCAGAGAUUCGUCAGGACCUAUGGCCGCGCUGUUCAUUCGGCUCAGGCAUACGGCAUGAACGACGAGUUUUCUAGGGUUUUGAGCCAGCAGAUGGAAUACUACUCCAAUGAUCCUAAUGCCGAUAGGAUCAAUCGCCUCAAAGGUGAAAUGAGCCAGGUGCGAAAUGUGAUGAUUGAGAACAUUGACAAAGUUUUAGAAAGAGGGGAUCGCUUGGAAUUGCUGGUUGAUAAAACUGCUAAUAUGCAAGGGAAUACCUUCCGAUUUAGAAAGCAAGCUCGGCGUUUCAGAAGCACUGUGUGGUGGAGAAAUGUCAAGCUCACUGUGGCAUACGUUAGGCUAGAGUGUCAAUUCAACUAUGUAUUCAAACCGCAGUUUGUGCAUGUUAUGUUGCUAGAGUGUUGA